AUGGCGCCGAAUGAAAGAACAACACUGAAGGGGCAAUCGGCUGAGGAAGAUGAGGUUGCCAACAACUAUCGAGAGUCCUCGGUCGAGUCCUGCAUUGUCCUGGCUAUUUCGACCAUUGUCACUCGAGCUCAUGCGGAGCACAUGUCGGGUUCUGAGCCAUCUACUAGCAAGGAGGGUACUGCGCGGCCAGUCGAGGAAACAAUUAAAUCCGAACCAGAAGACCCUCCUGACAUGCUGAUGUCGUUGUCAACGGUUGAGCCGUCUGACCAGUGCGAAGCAAAAACUCCUGAACCACUGGAUGUUCCUUUUCAAGAUCAUCAACAACAGAAAUGUGAAGGGCUCCCAGUCCUAGUGGACUACGAUAUUCCUCAGCAAGAGUUUGAGAAUUCUACAGUGGAGGAGAAGUCAGAUAUGCCUGGAGCGAAAAAUGCACCAACCUCUAUACCCGAUUUGAGUUUAAAAAGAAAUGCCCAGGAGGCAACAGCUACAUAUCUUGAGACAAUGGCCAUUGAGAACAAGAUUGCUAAAGAGGAGGAGCUGCAGAAGAAGCUACAGGAAAAGAUGGACUACAACUACAAUGUCAUCCUCGACUGCGAUGUCAGUAUUGAAGUUGAGCGCCGUGCAAUUAGCAGAGCCAAGAGCAGGAGGAGGCCAUUCUGGAUCCCAUGGUUCAUGGAGCGUCAACGCUACCUUACAUCUAAACGCAAGAACCUUCAGAAGAAAAACGCCGAGAUGGAGGGAGUCAGAAAGCGGCGCUGCAAGAAGCUGGAAGGGCUGAUGUCAGAGAAACAAAGAAUCGAAAAGAGCUUGCUUUAUAUGAACGAGACAUAUCAAGCCAGCACAAUAAGAAAUCUUAAUUAA